CCAAAAGGUGGACAUCAAAUGAUGUAGGACAAUAAAAAAUUGAAACAUCCAUUUCAUUUCAUCAAAGCAAGUGGAAGAACCAAUUACAGGUCAUAUAGUUUCAAAUUAGAUAGUAACAAAAUGACACACUAUGAAUGGGGAGGAUCAGAUCAAGAGUGAAAUUAAUCCUCAGAAACAAAAAAAUUAAUUCCAUUGAAACCAAUCCAUGGAUCAACGAAUACAUGAGCGGUUCAUCAAGUUACACUUCCUCUGGACGUUGAGUGCCUGGCCAAGGCAGCUGCCAUACCUCAGCGCAUUGCAAGCCGGGACGGUCUGCAGGCCUCUGUACACAAUCCUCUCAAAAUGGAUGCCUGUUAUAUUAAAACCAUUCGACGGUGGCGUUGGCGAUGGAAAUGGUGACGGUGAAGGUGAUGGUGAAGGUAGCGGUGAUUGUGAUGGCGGGGAUGGUGAUGGUGAUGGCGGUGGUGAUGACAAUGGCAGUGAUGAUGAGUUGGAAAUGGUUGCAGGAUGGAUGUGCCUUAUCCUCCUGUGGAAGCGGCGGAACUCUUCUGCUCCAUCGCUGUUACUAUUGCUACUGCUAUUGCCGUAGUAAUAAUGGAGUUUGUUCUCAUUAGCUGCGGUGGUGAUCAUGAAAAUGUAAGUAGUGAGGAAGAAGAGAAUGGCAAUGUUAUGUGCCAUAUUCACUAUUGUUUUGGAGGGCUUGUUUCCCUUCAAUAUAGCAGGCAGUUGUAUGGAUAUAUAUGCAAUAAUGGGUGCAAAACUAGGUAGGACAAUGCACCUACCUAUGUGAC